CCGAGUGCACCCCGGCUCUGCUGGAGAGGGACCGAGACAACCGCCGGCGCCUGCAGGACCCCUGAGCCGGACGCCGCUAGCUGGCCUCAUGUCUGCACUGCAGCUGAAGCAUGUGGGAGCCUUUUACCCUCUUCCUGCUGCUUAUGUCGCUCCAGGGAACAGCAGAGGCGAGCUCCUCGGAGAAGUCAGCCAAGGACAUGUUUGCGGCCUGGAGGCAGUACCAGCAGGAGUGUGAGCGCAGCAUGGCCGAGGAGCCGGAACCCACAGGCCUGGUGUGUAACCGGACUUUUGAUAUGUACGCCUGCUGGGGGGACACUCUGCCCAACACCACCGCCAUGGUGCCCUGCCCGUGGUACCUGCCCUGGCAUCACCACGUUCGUGGCGGGUUCGUGAUGCGGCUCUGCGGCCCGGCUGGCCAGUGGGUGACGGACGAGUCGGGGCUGCCCUGGAGGGACCACUCGCAGUGCGAGGAUCUCAGCACAGACCACCCCUUCCAGAAGCAGGUGCGGUUCCUGGAGCAGUUCCGGCUGAUGUACACCGUGGGCUACUCCCUCUCGCUGGUCUCCCUGCUGCUUGCCCUGCUGCUGCUCCUGGCUUUCAGGAAGCUGAGAUGCACCCGCAACUACAUCCACGUGAACCUCUUCCUCUCGUUCAUGCUGCGGGCCGUCUCCAUCCUCACCCGGGACGCCCUCCUCCGCGUGCGCUUCUCCAAGGACCUGCGGCACGAGGGGGACCUCUUCCAUCUCCUCGGGGACCAGGCUGCCGCCGGCUGCCGCCUGGCUCAGGUCCUGACCCAGUACUGCGUCGGGGCCAACUACUACUGGCUGCUGGUGGAAGGGCUCUACCUGCACAACCUACUUGUGCUGAUGGCCAUCUCGGAGGAGAGCUGCUUUGUGGGCUACUUGCUUGUCGGAUGGGGAGCCCCCAUCCUGUUUGUCAUUCCCUGGGUGAUCAUCAGAUACCUCUAUGAAAACAACCAGUGCUGGGAGAGAAAUGAUAACAUGGCCUAUUGGUGGAUUAUCCGCUGCCCCAUCCUGCUGGCCAUCCUGGUUAAUUUUGUCAUAUUCCUCCGUAUCAUUAAGAUCCUGGUCUCCAAACUCCGGGCUCACCAGAUGCGCUACACGGACUAUAAGUUCAGGCUGGCCAAGUCGACGCUGACCCUGAUCCCGCUGCUGGGCAUCCAUGAGGUGGUGUUUGCCCUGGUGACGGAGGAGCAGGCCCAGGGGACGCUGCGCUACGUCAAGCUCUUCUUUGAGCUCUUCCUCAGCUCCUUCCAGGGUCUUCUGGUCCAGUCUGAGAUCCGGAGGAAGUGGCAGAGGUGCCAGUUGGGCGCGAACCUGCUGGAGAAACCCGGCCACAGCUGCAGCCACGGGCCGUCCUGCCGCUGCCAGCAGGGCAAGGCCUCGGAGGGGGGCUGCCCCCGGCGCCCCAGCCCCCCGGGGAAGAGGGGAGCAGAGGCGGAGUCCAACUGCAGCUCGGAGAACUCCACGGGCGGCUCCCAGCUGCAGCAGCAGCAGCGCCGCCCCUACGCCAGUACCGCGGGCAGCAAAUCCUACUGCUACAUCCCGGUCCAGACGCAGCCAGCGGGCAGGCUGGGGGGCAAGGAACUGCUCCCCAGUGCCAGGGAGCCUGGGGACAACAAGAUCUCGGAGAGCUGUUGCUAA